AUGGGCAAGGACAAGUCUGAGAAGAAGGACAAGCGCGAGAAGAAGGAGAAGCGCUCGGAGAAGGAUGGCGUCCACAAGAGCAAGGACAAGAAGGAAAAGAAGGACAAGACUGUUCUCGCCGAGGCAGUAGAGCAGGAGCUCACCAGCAAGGUUCUUGAUGGCAUUGAAAAGGCUGUCGCCGCCGAGGCCACUGUCGAUGGAACCGUUGAGGUCGAGCUGAUGGAGGUCGACGGCCGCCCUGUCGGCGCUCUGGUGCCUUUCGCCAAUCCUCUGGCCGAGGACAAGCAGGCCAAGAAGGUUCUCAAGAGCGUCAAGAAGGCUGCUGUGAACAAGUGCCUCAAGCGUGGUGUCAAGGAAGUCGUCAAGGCCCUUCGCAAGUCGCCCACCCCCGCUGCCAACGCUACCAUCUCUAUCCCUAACGGAAUUGUCGUCCUCGCCGCGGAUAUCUCGCCCAUGGAUGUCAUCUCACAUAUCCCCGUACUGUGCGAAGAUCACGGUAUCCCCUACAUUUUCGUCACAUCGCGAGCCGAGCUGGGCAACUCGGCUGCUACCAAGCGUCCUACCAGUGUCGUCAUGGUUGUGCCCAAGUCAGCCUCGAAGAACAAGAAGAAGGACGGCGAGUCAGACGGAGAGGAUUUCAGCGAGGUAUUUGAGGAGCUGGCUAAGCUCGUUCAGAAGGAGGCCAAGAAGGUGAACCUGUGA